CCACCCACUAUGGUUUGUAAUUACCAUUACAGUUUUAUUAUUCAAAAAGUUCACAACUAUUACACAGAGUAUAUAUCGUCAGCUAUGAUUGUAACAAUUGUUUUCACGAGUUUGGUGUUGACGUAUGAUGUGGUUUAUGGAAAUUAUCAUCACAACAGAAACACUACGCUUCACAAAUAUGGGCCCAAUGUUUGCGCUGUCGAAGAGAUUUCGUCGGGCAAAGGCGGCAUGUCAUCGCACAGGGAGCGUGGCUGGCCAAUAGAUGAUCGCCAGCAUCGAACUUGCGGGCAGAACACAAUUGUGAGGUAUGAAUGCUGCUUGGGAUUCAAGUCGAUGUAUGGGUGUCCAGGGUGCACCGGUGUAAAACCGACAAAGAACGUGUUGGAAACCGCUCAAGAACUCGGGGCUCUCGAGUUUGUCCGUUACGUCCGACAACAUGGCUUGUACGAUUUGUUGACUAGCGGCGGUCCAUAUACGAUAUUCGCUCCCACCGACGAAGCUUUUUCAAAAAUGGAUAACGCAUAUCGGUCGGCCAUGGAGUCUUACGAAUCGGCCAUCGAGAUACUCAGAUACCACGUGGUGCCCUUGAGGAUCGUGACACAAAACGUAUCAUCCAACGAGAUGUUUAACACGUUGAACGAUGGACUUCAAUUGAGGUUUAAUAAGUAUUCGACAAAAAUUGAAACAAUAAAUUGUGUUACGAUAAUGCGUAAGAACCGAAUUGCUCAAAAUGGAGUGGUGCAUUUGAUAAAUUCCGUACUAAGUCCUUACACUUAUUCAAAUCGUAAUUUGGUGCAAAUUAUCAACCAGAAUCAAGACUUAACAAUAUUUUCAAAAAUGCUCGAAGUUUCGCGUAUGCACCAAAGUCUAAAAGAACCAUUUMAAACACUCACGGUUAUGGUUCCUACCGACAUGGCAUUACAAAGAUUUCCACAAAAUCAACUCAGAAGAAUAUUGAAUGACGAAUCACUAAGCAAAGCGUUUGUGUUAAAACACAUAUUGCCGGCACCCGUUUGUUUGAGUGCCUUCACCGAAGAUCAGUACGUCAGGAGCUUGGCGGACAGCAAUUACGUGAAAUUCAGCUGCGACGGGAAAAACACAGUGAUGGCUCAAGGAAACUGUAUCAAUAACGAUUUGAAAUUAACGUCCAAUGGAAUUAUUUACGCAAUAAAUUUCGCACUAAGCUCAGAAGAAGGGAAAUCGGCGUUGCAGAUCAUGCAGCAUUUGGGUCUAAGCGAAUUUAUUCAGAUCGUCAACAUCGCCGGACUAGCGCAAACGUUUGAAAGUUUUAACGCUUUAACCGUUUUUGCACCGACCAACAAAGCCCUGAAAUGUAUGAAUCCUAUGGAAAUGUAUCACAUCCGGUCCGACCCGAGUGCCGCCCGAGCGUUCGUAGAUUUUCACGUUGGGAGACAAACAAUCAUGGCCGAGAACAUCUACGACGGUAAAACCGUGGAGACCUUUGCUUCCGGAAAGCAACUCCGCCUGCAGUGCGUCCAGAAUGAGUUCGGUGUGGAAGGACGACGGAUUCACUUUCAAACCGUGCGAGGCUACAACGGGGCCGUUCACACCGUUGACCAUGUAUUGUAUCCGCCGACGAUAUCCCUCGAAGACCUGAUCAGGAAAAACGAAAGUUUCAGUUUGUACGCGCAAGCGAUGGACCUGGUGCUGGGUACUUCUUCGGAGGGUCGGACUCCGUUCGAGUUCUGCAGUGGCGUUCACAAUACGUAUUUCGUACCCACGGACUAUGCUUUUAGGAAACUCGGUGCAGUCGAACUCCACAGGUUGUUCGGCAACCCAACUCGCAUGCGACAAAUCCUCGACAACCACCAAGCCGAUCGCAUCCUGCCGUCGGCGUUGAUCGGCACGCGUCGGCAGUACGAGAUCAAAACGAAUAACGAAAUCGUCCGCGUAUCUAACGAAGAUGACAAGUUUAUGGUCAACGAAGCUGAAAUAGUCGAAAUGGAUAUAAUGACAACCAAUGGACUGGUCCACGUGGUUGAMGAUCUGAUAUUACCACAAAACAUYAGAAGGAGAAGCGAAUGAAUAUCGACUACACUAUAUUUUCUAUAUCAUUAUAUAAAAUCAAAAAAUAGUAAAUUAUUAAUUUAGUAGAUGACUUUAUAACCUGCAUUGACACAAUUAACUUACAUAACAAAUUAGUGUCU